CGCCCUCCGGGUUCAAAGUUCAGCUGGAUUUCAGAGACAAGUUUGUGCUAGAGAAAUCAGACGGAUGCAAGUACGAUUAUUUGGAAGUUCGAGAUGGUCCAUUCGCCUACUCGCCCUUGAUUUCUCGCUACUGCAACGCCGAAUUCCCGCCAAUCAUUACAUCAUCCGGUCGCUUCCUUUGGUUGAGGUUCAAGACGGAUGAUAUACUUCAAUACGGAGGAUUCAGAGCUAUAUAUUCAUAUCAUAAGGAUAACAGUAAGUGCCAU